GAGAGAUUUCCAUAGUCAACAGAAUGAGGAUUUAGGGUGGCAAAAGAAAUGGAGAAAGCCAGAGCAGACAAUUUCCAUCUCCUUCCUUCUCCAGCUGAUAUGGGUUCCUUCCCAUUCAUCUUCUCAAUCUUGUUAUCGUUUUGUGCUAUUGUAUCUUGUUCUACUCCAUCGAAAAAUUCUAUAUUAUAUCCAAAUUUCACUGCUUCAAGUGUCCAUUUCAUCGAUGGUUCCGUUGGCUUCUUAAUCUCCCCUAAUGGAACGUUCAGAGCAGCUAUCUUAAGUCCAGGCGGUCAAGGGGGUUCAGGAACCAACUACUAUUUGUGCAUCCUUCACGUGCCUUCCAAUACCAUCACCUGGUCUGCUAAUCGCAAUUCACCUGUUUCUAGUAUAGGAACCAUGACUCUUUCUGUAACUGGUAUUGUCGUUGUGGAUGAAGACGGCAGUUUAGUAUGGUCGACUCCUCCGUUAAAUUCUCCGGUCUCUUCGCUACAGUUAACUGAGGCCGGGAAUCUUGAGCUGCUCGAUCAAUCUGAUACUACUCUUUGGGAGAGUUUCAAUUAUCCAACGGAUACAAUCGUCAUGGGGCAGAAAUUGCCCGUAGGGGGAUUUCUGUCCAGCGCGGUAUCAAGUAGUGACUUGUCAGUUGGCAGUUACUGGCUUUCAAUAACUACCUCUGAUGCUUUACUACAGUGGAAGAAUUUGACUUACUGGAACCUAUCUAUGGAUACCGUGGCUUACACAACCUCCAGUUACUCGGUGGAGUACAUGGCGAUUAACCAAACGGGUCUUUAUUUGCUUGGUAAUAAUGGUUCUGAAGUCAUAAUUCAGGUGAACUUAUCUGUAUCUGAUUUUGGGAUUGCCAAGUUGGAAAUUUCCGGCCAGUUCAGUGUCAGUAACUUUUCUGGUGGUGCAUUCAACCCAGUAUUCACAGGGCCGGAUGAUAAAUGCCAAAUCCCGUUUAUAUGCGGAAUGCUUGGUUUGUGUAGUGACGAUGCAGAUAAUCCCGUAUGUUCGUGCCCAUCCAACUUCCAUCAUAGUUCUCAAAGUCAGAAUCCACCUGUUUGUGUGCCAAGUGACGCUUCUUAUUCCUUACCAAAUUCUUGCAAUUCAACUGAUACCAGCAAUACAGGUAACUCCUUGUUAGUUUCAUAUUUGAGCCUUGGCUAUGGUAUCGACUAUUUUUCUAAUGAUUUCACGAGCCCUGUGAAGUAUGGUGUGAACUUGUCUGUCUGUGAAGAUGUCUGCUCAAGUGACUGUUCUUGCUUGGGAAUUUUCUAUGACAACUUGUCGAACUCAUGUUAUGUCCUUCAAAACCAGUUGGGAUCAGUUAUUUCAAACGCUAGUAGCAAUAAUGAUCGCUUGGGUUUUGUUAAAGCAAUAGUUGGGCCUUCACCUGCUAAUAGUGGUCAUGCACUCGGGUUUCCCAUAGUUGCUCUAGUGUUGUUGCCUUUUUUUGGGUUCUUCCUUUUAGCUACUCUGGGAUUCUUCUUGUGGAGAAGAUUGAGAAGCUCUAAAACUGGAAAGUUAAAUCUCAACAGUCAAACCGUUCCUUCUUCGGAGGAGUUGGAUGCCUUCUCCAUCCCAGGAUUACCUGUAAGAUUUGGGUAUGACGAGCUCGAGACAGCUACUGAUAAGUUCAAGACUAUGAUAGGGUCAGGUGGGUUUGGUGCAGUGUACAAGGGUACACUCCCCGAUAAAUCACAUGUGGCAGUGAAAAAGAUCACUAAUUUUGGUAUUCAAGGGAAGAAGGAUUUUUGCACUGAGAUAGCGAUCAUUGGAAAUGUUCACCACAUCAAUUUGGUUCAGUUGAGAGGGUUUUGUGCUCAGGGGAGAGAAAGACUGUUGGUUUACGAGUAUAUGAACCGUGGGUCCUUAGAUCACACCCUCUUUGGGAAUGUACCAGUCUUAGAAUGGCAAGAAAGGGUUGAAAUAGCACUUGGAACGGCGCGUGGACUUGCCUAUUUGCAUAGUGGGUGCGAGCACAAGAUCAUCCAUUGUGAUGUCAAGCCUGAGAACAUACUCCUUCACGACCAAUUCCAAGCCAAAAUCUCCGAUUUUGGGCUGUCUAAACUUUUGAGCUCUGAACAGUCUGGUUUAUUCACGACAAUGAGAGGAACUCGUGGAUAUCUUGCUCCUGAAUGGCUUACUGGCUCUGCAAUCUCUGACAAGACAGACGUGUACAGUUUUGGAAUGGUUCUGCUGGAAAUUGUGAGUGGAAGAAAAAAUUGCUCUCUACGAACGAGAAGCGAAAGUAUGGAGGAUGAAAGUAGUGGUGGUGGGUACUCAUCAUCUUCUUCAGGACGAGGACUUGUUUAUUUCCCAAUGUUUGCUUUAGAGAUGCAUGAGCAAGGAAGGUACUUGGAACUUGCAGACCCCAGGCUCGAGGGGAGAGUCAGUAGUGAAGAUGUGGAGAAGUUGGUGCGUGUGGCUUUAUGUUGUGCACAUGAGGACCCAGCACUUAGGCCGAGUAUGGUCAGUGUUGUUAGCAUGUUGGAAGGUGAGAUCCCUUCAGGUCAGCCGAAGUUGGAGUCUUUGAACUUUUUGCGAUUUUAUGGGCGUCGAUUUGGUGGGGCUUCUACGAGAGAAGAGAAUGAUAGUAAUAGGCAAGUUGAUUUUACACAAAUGAAUGGUUCUUGUACUAGUUCAAGGAGAAGCUUACCUCUUGACGUCUCAUGCAUAUCAUCACAACAAAUCUCAGGGCCAAGAUAGCACCUAAUAACUCUGCUUUGUAAGAUUAUUUUUGUGGUUCACUGUGAAUAAAUUGUUUUACUGUACGUCAGAUAGUGGCGAAUGUAGUUUCCGUAUUUACUAUCCAGUCUUUCUAAUGUUCAAAAUAUGUAAUUACACUAUUUUUGUUUCUUGUGCAAAGAGAUUGUUUAUCAGUUGAUGGCUG